AGGCAGCACGGCGGACAGCCCAGGAUCCUGCGCGCCGCGGACCUCGGAGGACCCCAGCGACGUCCGUAGCGUAGGGCCGGGUGGACGCGGCGGCGGCGGCUGGCGUUGCGACUGACUGCGCCGGUGGGCUCUGAAACGCUUUUCGGCGGCCACACUCGCCGCUCUGGUCGAUUGUUGUGCAGCCGGCGCCAUGUCUGUGAGCGAGAUCUUCGUGGAGCUGCAGGGUUUUUUGGCUGCCGAGCAGGACAUCCGAGAGGAAAUCCGAAAAGUUGUACAGAGUUUAGAACAAACAGCUCGAGAGAUUUUAACUUUACUGCAAGGGGUCCAUCAGGGUGCUGGUUUUCAGGACAUUCCAAAGAGGUGUUUGAAAGCUCGAGAACAUUUUGGUACAGUGAAAACACAUCUAACAUCGUUGAAGACCAAGUUCCCUGCUGAACAGUAUUACAGAUUUCAUGAGCACUGGAGGUUUGUGUUGCAGCGUUUGGUCUUCUUGGCAGCAUUUGUUGUGUACUUGGAAUCAGAAACACUAGUGACUCGAGAAGCGGUUACAGAAAUUCUUGGCAUUGAGCCAGAUCGGGAGAAAGGCUUUCAUCUGGAUGUGGAAGAUUAUCUCUCGGGAGUUCUAAUUCUUGCCAGUGAAUUGUCGAGGCUGUCCGUCAACAGCGUGACCGCGGGAGACUACUCCCGGCCGCUCCACAUCUCCACCUUCAUCAACGAGCUGGAUUCGGGCUUCCGCCUUCUCAACCUGAAAAACGACUCCCUGAGGAAGCGCUACGACGGCUUGAAGUAUGACGUGAAGAAGGUGGAGGAGGUGGUCUACGAUCUCUCCAUCCGGGGCUUCAACAAGGAGACGGCCGCGGCGUGUGCCGAGAAGUGAAGCCGGAGGCUCCGCUGGCGCCGGGCCCUGCUGACCUCAGCGGUCGCCGGUGGGGGUGGACCCCGUGCCUCUCGGGUAGUUAGCCUUGCCCCGUUGCUAAACACCGCGCUUUAUUUUCUUAACCGGUUGGUUGUGUGGUGGAAGUAUCCAAAUGGAAACGCUUUUUUCUGGGGGUGAAAAAAUAGCCUUUUCAAGGACAGACUUUCUUUGUCGUUUCAGUGAAUUUGCUCUGUAAUUCAGUGUAUUUCAGUUCUGUCGGAAAGUGUAAAUGUCAGUCUCUUGGUAAAGUCCUUUUCUUGCUCACCCUGAUGCUGUUGAUGUACUGAUUGAGAAGUUUAUGGUCUUGUGUUUCUUCCAGAAGUGAUCCUUGGUGUUUUCUAUAUCCAAAUUAGCCAUCCAUACCCAGGUGUGUGUAGCCUGGGUACAGGAUAAAAAUGAGUAAUUAAAAAGGAUGGUUGCCAAGCAAAGGACAACUUAUUUUAUAUUUUCUUUCCUUAUUUUAAGCCUCGUGAGUAAAUCAUAUGUUGACAUUUUUUUGCAAGGGAGUUACAGCCCCAGGGUCUCUCUCACUGCCAUCAAAAUAUAAAAGAGAAAAUUGCAAAGUCAAGCUCAGAUUAUCUUGGGACGUUUUUGUAUUAAGGGAUUGAGUCACAUCUUAUCAUUUGGCUCUCUUUGCCAGGUGGGGAGUAGGGCUUAGUGUCUUACAACACCUCUGUUUUCUGAUGUUGCCUUAACAUUCUGCUCUUGCAGCAAUUUAAAGAUCGUUUCACACACAUCUUGAACUAACACUUCAUAUAAUAUAUUUUUAAGCUAUGAAACCUUUUUCCUAGCAGCCAGCUAGACAGGCUGGUCUGAGACUACAAAGCCACCCAGUCAAGUUAAUUAGCAAUACCCUGACUGGUAUGUUCUGAGAGACAAAUGCUGUGCUUUGUCUGGAAAAAAGAGAAAACCUUGGAUUUAAAAAGGAAGAUCAGCUGAUUUGGUAAUGUUUUUUAGAGUAAGCAAUUUCAGGUUUUGGCAGCUAUCCCAACGGUCAGGUUUUAGAUUUACAGUUUUGGGCAAGUCCUGUAAACCUUGUUGGCACCCUCCUCCCCCUCCUGGUUUUCAGGUAGUGCUAAGAAUACUCGCCGUGUAAUUUUUGCUGUUGAAUUGAAACGGUUUAAAAUGGUGACGUCAUCCACGGUUUUUUGGAGUUCACUGAAAGGAAGGUGCUAGUGUUUCCAGAAUAACAGAAAGCAUUUAGAAGUGUCAUCCUCUCCUGCCUGCUACCAGUUUAGGCGUUCUGUUUGUGCAGUGGAAUAUUUGGCAUUGCUAUCAGAGCCGUUCUCAGGCCAAGUUAAGGACUGACCAGAUUUUCCAUCAUGAGGAGGACAAGUAGAAAUGAAGCAUCAAUCGCUAUGCAUUUUUGGGUUUUAAACAACUUUCUUGACAGCUCUUUCUGCGGAAGAGUGUGUAGAACAAAGAAAGGCGUUUGGGUCUUUGAAGUGCCUAGGGUGGUCAUCUAAGAUAUGCAGUAAUAGCACUGCCCGGAUUGAGCACAAAAGGCUUCAAAUUACAUGAUCAAAUACAUGCAGUAAGUUCAGUAGUAGUUUUCUUCUACGCGGAGAAUGGACUCUGAAUGUGUGUUGAGGCUGAAGAAGACCAGGGGUGACAAGCACAUCCUGCUGUGUAACAGUUAAAAUUAUUGAACGACACCAGCCGCUCAGAGUUAAAUUGAAAGUAUUUUAAUUGACGGUAUUGAAAAGCCUCGGCUCUGGUUUUAGUGCACCAGAAUUGUUCUUUUCGACUCUAGAAGAUUGAGUGGGUUAGAAAAAGUAGAGGUGAAUUAGUGGAUGUUUUCUUUAUAAAUUUAUUUAUAAGAAGAGAACCCUUAAAUACUUCAUAAGAUUUGCCCUGUCUUAAACUUGAAUAAUACUGGUAACGCCUAAGAGAAUUUAAUAAAGAACGAAAGCUUC